CCUGUUUGUUUGACUUAGAGCUGAUUUUGAGCUCCCUGUUUUCUUCAGGGAGUGGAAAAAGUAUAGAUUCGACAGCAGUUAGGGGAGUGUUAUAACUGCUGCGAGGCACUUCCUGGUUUCAUGUACCAGGGUUUGUUUCUGCUCACAGGAGACAAAAGCAUUUGUGAACGGUUAUGGGUGUACUGACUCUUCAGCUUUUGGUAUCUGGCCAACUAAUACUGGUUGUAUUGGCCAUAAACAACAUAACUGAUCCUCAAUGGAUCACUGAGUCACCAUCAUGGCUGCGUAACAAGUCUCAAAUUCUUACGGCUCCACCUCUGAAUGCAACCGGAAACUACACAGAAAACAAUGCCUCAAAUUCAUUGAGCAAUUCUGCGUACAAUUCUAGUGAUACAAAUAUGACCAACUUCACCACCCAGGUGACGACUACUGGCCCCCAGAACACUACUUUGGGCACCACCCAAAGCAAUGUAACAGUCAAAGCACCAACAAUGCAGCCAAACACAACUGCAAAUGCUCAGACAACACAAUCAACCAUGACUCAGACAACCCAUUCAACACAGCCCACCACAGAGAGGAAAACAACAGUCAACAUUACUUCAACAGCCAUCACUUCUCUAAACAACAUCACUCAUAGCGGCAAUAAAAGUACUUCAUCAAAUACUACACCAGUGCCUAAGCCAACAGAAAAUGCAGCCACCACUGUAAUUCCAAACAAUACAACUCUUUUCAAUGAAUCUCAAGCAGGUGCUGGCAUGAAUCAUUCAGAGAAAUCUCUGACCAUUUUAUUCAGCAUUCUGCUUGGUGUAAUAGUUCUGAUAAUUCUGGGGCUCUUUGUGUACAAGUCUGGUAGAUGUAAUCAGAGAAGGAUCCAAUAUACUCAUCGCCGUCUCCAGAAUGAGGAUACAGGUGAGCAGUUUACAGUGCCAGAUGACACACUGGUCAUUUCAGGAGGACUUUAUGAUGGCCCACAGAUUUACAACCCUACCAUGACAGUGCAGAAUGAGGAUGAAUUUCAGACAGAUGCACCUGGACAUGCCUACAGACCCACUCAGUUCCGCUUGGAGUUUUUGCGAGAGGAUCAGGGAAGUGCACUCGAUCAUGAAACCUCAACCUUUCAGACAUUCCAAGCAAAUGAUCAACAAUUACCUUGAUAUCUGAACUCAUCAACCAGCCUCUUUAUUUAAAAAACAAACAAAGAAACAAAAAAAAAACAAAAAAAACAAAAAAAAAACAGAGAUGAAAAUAUUACUUUUACUUGAAGCUUCUAUAGUAUACAGAAAAUGUAGUUUUUAAAUUAUUAAAUGAAGAUUUUGACAACUAAUGAAAUGGCUGAACUGAAAAUUCAGUAGCUGAAAAACACUUGGAAUGCAAAAAAUAAAAUAAAAUAAAAUAAAUAAAAAUAACAGCAAAAAUAACAGUACCAGGAACAGCAUCUUUUUGAUGAACAUUGUAACAACUAAAUGUAAAACUAUGACAUGCAAGUGUACUGAGAACAUACUGUAGAACCAUGUCAAUGAAACAAGAUAAUCACCGUAAUAUUUUUGAUUAAAACUUUUUCAAGCAAAUA